AUGUUCAACACUGGCAACAUAUAUGUCAUUGCUGCCGUCGCCGUCAUUGGCGGUGGCCUCUUCGGCUUCGACAUCUCGUCGAUGUCAGCCAUCCUAGGGACCGACCAGUAUAAAUGCUACUUUAACCAAUACGGCCCGGGCCAGUGCGGUGGCCCCCGACCUGCUGUGCAGGGCGGUAUCACUGCGUCCAUGGCUGGCGGCUCAUGGCUGGGAGCGUUGAUAUCUGGCUUCGUCUCUGAUCACCUUGGUCGAAAGAAGGCCAUUAUGGUCGGUGCAAUCGUCUGGAUCAUUGGCUCUGUCAUCACUUGUGCAUCUCAGAAUAUUGCCAUGUUGAUAGUUGGCCGGGUCAUCAACGGUCUGAGUGUCGGUAUCUGCUCAGCUCAGGUUCCAGUCUAUAUCUCAGAAGUUGCACCCCCAACCAAACGUGGCCGUCUGGUCGGAUGCCAGCAGUGGGCAAUUACUUGGGGUAUCCUCAUCAUGUUCUACAUAUCAUACGGAUGCAGCUUUAUCAAAGGUCCAGCUGCUUUCCGCGUUCCAUGGGGACUGCAGGCCAUCCCCGCCGUUCUCUUAUUCUUUGGCAUGAUUCCGCUCCCAGAGUCACCACGAUGGCUAGCUCGUAAGGACCGGUGGGAGGAGUGCCACCGAGUUCUCACCCUGGUCCACGGCCACGGUGACCCAGACUCGCCUUUCGUCCAGCGUGAACUGCAGGAGAUCAAGGAUAUCUGCGAGUUUGAACGAGCUAAUGCCGAUGUCUCCUAUCUCGAGCUCUUCAAGCCUAACAUGAUCAACCGUACCCAUAUCGGUGUCUUUACCCAGAUCUGGAGUCAAUUGACCGGUAUGAACGUCAUGAUGUACUACAUCACAUAUGUCUUUGGAAUGGCUGGCUUGACCGGAAACACCCUUCUUGUUUCCAGCAGUAUCCAGUAUGUGAUCAACGUCGCCAUGACAGUCCCAGCGCUUCUCUGGAUCGACCGCUGGGGUCGACGUCUGCCUCUUCUUGUCGGAGCUUUCUUUAUGAUGACCUUCCUCUUCGUGAACGCCGGCCUGCUGGCUGCCCGUGGACGCCCUGCUCCACCAGGUGGUCUCAAUGGCAUCGAGGCCGAGUCCUGGGAGAUCACCGGUGCCCCCAGCAAGGCGGUCAUUGCAUGCUCCUAUCUCUUCGUUGCCUCCUUUGCGCCCACCUGGGGACCCGUUUCCUGGAUUUAUCCUCCUGAGCUCUUCCCUCUGCGUGUCCGUGGAAAAGCUGUUGCCCUUGCGACCUCGUCCAACUGGGCUUUCAACUUUGCACUCGGCUACUUCGUUCCUCCGGCCUUUGUCAACAUCCAGUGGAAGACAUAUUUGCUCUUCGGAAUCUUCUGCGCUGCUAUGUUUAUCCACGUCUUUGUAAUGUUCCCUGACACUGCAGGCAAGACACUGGAGGAGGUCGAAUAUAUGUUCACAGACCCCAAUGGUGUUAAAUACAUCGGUAUCCCAGCCUGGAAAACGAGGAGCAGCUUCCAGCAUGCCGCCAGGCUGGAGAGGACUGGUGGAGAAGAAAAGCUGAAUUCCCACCAUGUGUAA